ACUUACGAGUCACUAGACUGACUCUUCUGAACAAAUCAGUUUUAGGGAACCGGUUCAUGUUUCGGUUCAUUUGAUUCACUUAGAGCAGGAUCUGUAAACACUCCACAGACUGCAGGAGCAGAGAUUGGUCGGGUUAUAAGAGUCAUAUAAAUGUUUAUUUAUUAAUUAAUCUACUUUAUCUUAAUAGCAAUAUGAGAGCGUGAGAGGAAAAUACUUGGUCGAAUCAUGAAUCAUUGUGAAUCGAUUCUCCUGACUCUUAGGAAAGAAUCAGGAAAUAAAGUGAAAGACUUUUGGAUGAACAGCUUUGAAGUCGAGUGUGUUAUCAGGGUGGAGAAGUGGAGGUGUUGCUGUUUCUUUUAAUCUUUUUUUAACACUUCUUCAAAAAGGUCAGAUGACGUUCAGAACCAGAGAGAAACUGGAGGAGCAGCUGGGCGAGUACAUCUUACACACUCUCAAAUACACUGAAACUGUGAAGGAGUUCUGUGACGGAGAAUCAAAAUGGACUUUACAGAGAGUGACAGAGUGCAAUAUGAUGAGGGACAUCCAAGACCGAGCCGAUCAAAUCACUCUGAAGUUUGAUCAGGUUCAGAAGGCAGAGAACAAGGCCAAGGCUCUGGGCGAGUACAUGUGGAACGGCUUGAGCCAGGGUAAAGCAGAUUCCAGAAGGCAGGAGCUGGAGAAGGAGCUAGGAGAAGUUCUGAAGAACACUUUAGAAGGCCUGGAGAAACUCCAUAACUUCUUGGAUGCAGUGGAAAAGCUGGCCGUCACCUCACUGUUUGUUUUCAUGAGCGAGAGCUUCAUGCCAAAUGGAGUGAGUUCCAUGUCCAUACGUUCAGUGAUCUCUGCAGCCAGAAUGGCGUCUCCACUCCUCGUCCACUUUAAGAGAGAUGCAGAAGUUCUCUUCUUACCAAACCUCUUCAACAUUGAAGUCCUGGCCUUGCAGCUGGACAACUACAUUAGUGUUACUCAGCAGAUUUGUAAAAAAAUGGAGGAAAAAUCUAGGAGAAUUUCAUGUUGUGGAAAUUUUCAUAAAUGGAAAACUGAGUUUAAUUUGAACAUGAGUGAGGAGUCGGUGUACCAAAUGUAUGACCAUUUAGUCGAGCUCAUCAAAAUCAGGAAGGAUGAGUUGUUCAGGCUGAAUUUCAUAUUUGCUGUGAAGGCACAAGAAUUCAUUAAUAUAUUCAGUGAGUGUCACUGCAGAAUGUUUCAGUUCCUGUCUAAAUUAGAUAAAGCUGCAGCUCAGCUGGACAAGAUGAAGAAGGGCUCCAACAUCUCCACUGUGGCUGGAAGUUCAGUCGGUAUUGCAGGAGGUGUUUUGUCUAUUGUAGGUUUAGCUCUCGCUCCCGUCACUGCAGGUAUAUCUCUGGAGCUCACAAUUGCAGGUGUGGUUCUCGGAGCCACCAGUGGCGUUAACGGCAUUGCUACAGGCAUCACUGAAACAAUAUUCAACAACUGUCGAGGAAAAGAGGCCAACAACACCUUCAUCAGUUUUCUGGAAGAUGUGCAGAAGAUCCUGGACUGUAUAGAAACAGUGGCCAGAACUGAGGGUCCUGUAGUAGGUCCUCAGGGUGUUACCACAGCAGUUGACGUUGGAAAACUGUUUGUUCGUGCUGGAGCUGUAGUGAACAGCAUUGAUGGUAUUGUGGAUGGAGUUUCAGCUGUAAAAUUUUUAAGAACUGAUGAGGUGAUUGCAAAAGCAGUUAAUUUGGGGCUUCAUGAAGCUAAAGCAGGUCAAAGCAUCCCAAAGCUGGCUGCAGAUCUUCCUGAUGUUGGCCAGCUGGCUAAAGGAACUCCUGUGGCUCUUUCACAGUCAGCCAGGGCGGGGUUCAUUGGCUUAAAUGCCUUCUUUAUUGGUCUAGAUGUGCUUUUCAUCUUUAAAAGUGGAGCUAGUCUGGCCAAAGGGAGCAAAAGUGAAGUGGCUCAGUUCAUUUGCUCAAGAGCAGCUCUGUGGCGCUCAGAGGUGGAGGCAUGGGAGAAGAUCCAUAACCAUCUGUUUGAAGGAAUCUCAGGAUUUAACAAGAAUCGUGAAAUUCUAGAUAAACCUUUUCACAAUUAAAUAAUAGAUUAGAUGAAAAGAUCUUUCAGUAAGCCUAAAUCCUAAAGGUUUGUGUUAAAAUGCUUCUGUUGUUAAUAACCAUCCAGUAGACUCAAGUGUUUCACAUGCUGUAAUGUAGCUGAUUACUGUUUACUGUAUCAUUACUGAUCUUUAACAUUUUUUCCACAUGUGACUAAAAGGGUUAUCUUUUGAAUGUCAUUAAGUGAUGAGCAGAUUAAAAUGUCAGAUGUUGCAUUUCUUUCACAACAAUUUUAGAAAUAGAAUAUACACUGAGGUCAAUAAGUAUUUGAUCACCCUGUGAUUUUGCGAAGUCUCUUACUUAGAAAUCAUGAAGGGUCUACAAUUUUCAGCAUAGAUGCAUUUCCAUUGUGAGAGACAGAAUCUAAAAAGAAAAAUCAGGAAAUCACAUUGUAUGAUUUGUACAGUAUCACGGAAAUCACAUUUGUAUGAAUUGUAACAAUUUAUUUCUAAAUUACUGUGUCAAAUAAGUAUUUGAUCACUUGCUUAUCAGACAGAUUUCUGACCCUCAAAGACCACAGUGGAAAUGCAUGCUGAAAAUUGUAGACCCUCCAUGAUUUCUAAGUAAGAGAACUUACAAAACCACAAGUUGAUCACAUACUUAUUGACCUUGUGUGGAUUUUUGUGUAGAACUUUUUCCCUCAUAGUUUAACUGCAUCUUUUACUUGCAGCUUAAUUAUAAAAAAUAAAAAGAUAUAAGUUAAAAACUAAAAAGUACAAUAUAUAUCCAUUAAGAAGUCCUGUGCAAUAAAAUAAAGAAUACUAAGAACCUGUGGAUUUGGGAAUUAAUGUUCUGCAAAUUUAAACAA